GCAUAGUGAAGAUGUCGAAGCAGCUGAUGGUUUGAGUUGUUGAAUCAGUUGGCAGUCUCGGCUUGUGUGAGCGGUCGUUAUAGGAAAGACUAAAUAGUGGUAUUGAAAAAAAAUUAAAAAAAAGCAACAACAAACAACAAUAUUAUAUGAACUUGACGUUGAAGAUAUCAUUAAACUGCAUUAAGAAAUCUCAUAAGCUUCUGAGUUAUUCUACAAAAAGGUUCUAAUACAAAUAAAAGCGUCUCCCACAUUACCUCUUCUUGUUUGAAGUUGUAACUGCAUUAUCAGGUAUUUUUGGGGACUGUUUCUUCCAGUGGCAAACAUGGACGAAGAGAGUUACGUGCCUGAGGAUCUCUCCCUAGAUGAAAAGGAAGAACUGACAAAUAUACGACGUCGAAAGAAGGAGCUUUUGGAUGAUAUCGAGAGGUUGAAGUUUGAGAUUGCAGAAGUCAUGACUGAAAUUGAGCACUUGACUUGUGUGGGGGAAAGCAAAACCACACAGAGAAAUAAACAAAUUUCAAUGGGAAGGAAGAAGUUUAACAUGGAUCCUAAAAAGGGAAUCCAGUUUCUUCUUGAAAAUGACCUUUUGCAAAACACAGCAGAAGAUAUAGCCCAGUUCCUUUAUAAAGGGGAAGGGCUGAACAAAACAGUUAUUGGGGAUUAUUUGGGGGAGCGAGAUGACUUUAACAUUAAAGUUCUACAAGCUUUCGUGGAGCUUCAUGAGUUUGCUGACCUCAAUCUUGUACAAGCAUUAAGACAGUUUCUGUGGAGCUUCAGACUUCCUGGAGAAGCACAGAAGAUUGAUCGUAUGAUGGAGGCUUUUGCUUCCCGGUACUGCCAGUGUAACCCUGGUGUCUUCCAGUCUACAGACACGUGCUACGUCCUUUCCUUUGCCAUUAUUAUGCUGAAUACGAGUUUACACAAUCCAAAUGUAAGGGAUAAACCAGCAGUGGAGAGGUUCAUUUCUAUGAACCGUGGGAUUAAUGAAGGAGGGGACCUCCCGGAAGAGCUACUCAGGAACUUAUAUGAAAGUAUUAAAAAUGAGCCGUUCAAAAUCCCAGAAGAUGAUGGAAACGACUUAACGCACACAUUUUUCAACCCCGACAGGGAAGGUUGGCUUUUGAAACUAGGGGGAAGAGUGAAAACCUGGAAACGAAGAUGGUUCAUUCUGACUGAUAAUUGCCUCUAUUACUUUGAAUAUACAACGGACAAAGAACCAAGAGGAAUCAUACCUUUGGAGAAUCUUAGUAUUCGUGAAGUGGAGGAUCCUAGAAAGCCAAACUGCUUUGAGCUCUACAAUCCUAACCACAAAGGCCAGGUGAUCAAGGCAUGCAAGACAGAAGCCGAUGGCAGAGUGGUGGAGGGGAAUCAUGUGGUGUACAGGAUAUCGGCACCGACUCCUGAAGAAAAAGAGGAGUGGACCAAAUCCAUCAAAGCAAGCAUCAGCAGGGACCCUUUCUAUGACAUGCUGGCUACCAGGAAAAGGAGAAUCGCCAACAAAAAGUAAACUGAACUGAAGGACAGUUCAGCAUUAUUUACAGUAUAGACUUCAGAAUUGAAUGGAUUUGUUAAGGUAACUAUGAGAAUGGACUGUGAGAGGGAGCUGAAUGUUAAUACUGGACCUGACAGUCUGGCAAGUGAAAAGGAAAAAAAGCCCCUUAAUUGUGGUGUUUUCUGCAAAUAUAAAACCGUGAAAUAAGGCCUUUGUACUUUGAACACUAUCUGGCCAUUUUUUUGAAAAUGCAAAAAAAUACAUGGUGGGCAUUCGGACCACAUUGAAGACAAACACUGUUGAGCAGUGAAAGCUAAUGUUUUGUUUUGUUUUUUUAGAAAAAGCAACAAGUGCUCUUAAAUAACUUAUGCUGUAAUGAAAAAAAACAACAAAAACAUGCAAAUGUAGGUCAGCGAAUGCCAGUAUGUCUGGGGACAGCCAGGAUUUUAACUGCAGAUAGCUGUGUAAUCACCCUUGUUGGCUGCAGUUUGGUUAUACAGAAUGUUGACACCCAAGCGACUGGAUCUAACAGUUGAAAUAACUUUGAAAAGUCAAAUAUACAUAUAUUUACAUUGCCACUGUACUGGCAAUUCUUAUGUUUUAAAACGUAAGGCAAAUUCAAUAGCUUUUUGAGUCAGCUGGCUUGACUUUCCAUUAUUUAUUGAAAAAUAGCCUGUUUAACACACUAUGUAAAUUAAGUUCAACACAGGGUACCAAACAGUCAAUUAAGCUUUUCAUUAAUAAUUCCAUCUGUAAAUGGCAGCAUGAGUAACAGUCAAAGUACGAAGGCAAUGCACAUGCAAUGUAGUAUUUUCAGAAUGUAUUGCUGUACUACAUAUGAAAAGUUGCUUGCUGCCAGAAUGUGUAUUAUAGAUCAACAGCUACAGUUGUACUUAAUCAGUGCUUAUUUCCUUUAUAUUUAUUUUUGUGCCAUUGCAAAAAUAUUUCUGUAUGUAACUUAAUAUAUAACUUUUUUUUAAGUUGUGUAAAUACUGUACAGAUUUAUUUUGGUUUUCUGUAUUUUUAAUGCAUGUAAAACCUCUUGGCAGGAGCUUGCGUCAGUAAAUAGCAAGGUGGCCACAUGAUGUAAGCUUUUGUUUAGAGCUUUGUACAGAAUCUCUUUUUGGAGGGGGAGGGGUGUUUAUAAGAAUACAAAACACACUGACAUGUGCAUUGCAUGCUUGAUGCAGCCAAUACCAGUCGGGGGGUGGGGGUUAAACAACCACAAAUUUAACACAAGUUGCUCUUCCUAAAGGCAGAAACUGUUUUUGAUGAAUUUUUUUUGGUUUUACACCUUUAUCUACUAAAAAAAAAAAAAGUUUCCAUCUUCCUAUGUAAGUGUAAAGUCUGACGUAUGAUAAUUAAACACCAUCUACUAGA